AUGGCAGACGGGGCGAUAACGGGCGUGAAGGUCUCUGGUGUUGUUGGCGACGUCGGCAGCUGGCGGGACUGUGCUCUCACAGAACGGGGUCCGCGGUACACACGGGUCGACGAGGAACUUGUCCACAAGUACUUCAACGAGAACGCCGUGGUGCAUGUCGCUGGGGUCGCUGAGGACUCGUACUUCGUGGACACUGAUUUCAACUUCAGGGUGUGUCGCGGGUGUGGUCGGCCCAUCGCGCUCCGUGCACUUGAGGCGCAUCUCGCCAGCGGGUGCGCUGCGACUGCGACCACACAUGCAACUGCGACUGGUGGGAACGCUGGGUCUACGGGCUCAGGUGGGUCUACCGCUGUUGCGUCCACACAUAGUAACGUGGACUCUGAUGAUGAUGGCGCGCGAGAUGGCAUGAAUGGCGGCGGUAGCGGUAACCGCUCUAACGGUAACCACUCAGACAACGACCGUUCAGAGAACGAUCGCUCGGGCGAUGAGAGUGGGUCUGAUAGCAGCAGCGGGUCCGAUGGGGAAGAGAACACCCAGGGGAAACGCAGAACAGGGGAUAAGAAACGGCCGCCGUCCGCUUUGGACGGCGAGGACGAAGAUGACGAUGACGACGAUGAUGACGAUGAUGAGGACGAUGAUGAGGACGACGAGGAUGGAUCCGUUGGUGGCACACCAGGAUACAAGCGCUCGAAGACAGGCACGCCCUCUGGGGCUCGUGGGAAAGUCGGCAAGCGCCGCGACAAGCGAGUCAAGCAGCGCAACCCGACGGAUAUCCGUUCCAUCAAUUUCGACAAGCAGUGCGGUGUCGAGCUCCCGGAGGGAGGGUACUGUGCGAGGUCCCUCACUUGUAAGUCGCAUUCGAUGGGCGCCAAGCGCGCCGUACAAGGUAGGACGAAACCGUUUGACGAAUUACUCGCAGACUACCACAGGAUACACCAGACUAAGAUCGGCGCCGCUGCGGAGAAGCGGGCCAAGCAACAGGAGUUGCAGAAACUGCAACGACAGAUCCUCAACGAGCAGAAGGAGCAGAAGAAGCUGCAACAGAAACAGCACAGAACACAGCCGGCGAAACCACGGCAGACGAAAGCUACAGGGAGAUCCAGGACGGCUGCAGGCGCUGGUGGUGGCGGUGGCGGAGGCUCCAUGGGGGGAGCAAACGGCCGCUCGGGGACCCCAGGUGUCAGUGGGAGUUCCCGCGGUGCAACGCUCACGAGAAACGGGGGCAUGAGCAGCGACGGCCACGCCAUCGCAGGUUAUGCGAACCUUUCCCCCGAGGAGGAAACUACACAGGUCCUGAACGGUGUCUCACGGUCGUUCCCGCUACCGCUAGAGUCCACUGUGCUUUCAUCGACUAAGUACAGGACCAAAAACUUCAGAAUGAGAGAGAUGUUUGCGUCGUCGUUCUCCGUGCGGCCAGGGUUCUCCUCGCCAGGGUACGGCGCGAUCCACUCCCGUGUUGGGUGCCUGGAUCUAGACAGGAGCACGGACUACAAAUUCCGAAUCAGAACCCCGCAACCGAUCAACAGAAUUGCAGCAAACAAGAACUUGGCUCCGCAACAGAUCCAGAAACUGCAACAGCAGAGGAUGCUCCAUACACAGUUGCAACAGCAGCAGCAACUUCUCCAGCAACAGCAGGCGCGGGCAAGACAACAGGAUAAACUGCCCCAGGCCUCAUCGACGACAACGGCACAGGCACAAUCGGCACAAUCACAGUCACAGUCACAGCCACAGCCACAGGCUACGGGACUGACCCCACAAGAGAUCCAAUUGCAACAGCAGAAACUGAGACAGCAACAACUACAGCAGCAGAAGUUUGAGGCCGCAGCGUAUCACCUGGCGAACGCGACGAAGCUGAUGCAAAACUCACACUCGUACUCGAACUUGAACCUCAACGGAAGCUCCGCACCAAACAGGACUGGAUCACCGCCAGGACCAGCGAGUAACGCGGGGUCCCCCGGGGUCGCUGUCAACCAGAAAGACGCUACGACACCCGCACAGAGAACUGUGAGUCGUGCAGGCAGCGAACAAGUAGCGCAGAGCCCAGCGGCAGCAACUCCAGCAGGUGGGAGGGUCAACAUCGGAAUCGGGAGCCCUGUCAACGGGCUCGGAGGUAGGGUUAAUUGA